CAGAGCGGGGGCUGCUGGGAGUUGUAGUCAGUGCGGCUGCGCGGCCUUCGGCGGCGUACCUGGCCUCUGCCAGCCGACUGGCCUUCAUUCCUGUAAAGAAGCAGGUGUCUGUGAUUAAUUCCCAAUGCAGUUUUGAUUCAGAUUUAUUGUUUAAAUUGUUGAAGAUGUCAUCAGGCCUUACAGAGGAACAAAAGAGAAGAAUUGAAGAGAACCGCCAGAAGGCUUUGGCUAGGAGAGCAGAGAGGCUAGCAGCCCAGAGAGGUGGGCAGGUAGGGAUCACUGGACCUCAGGUGAAAGAGCAGAGUCCAGGCAGUCAGGGAAACUUGAAGCAAGAAAACAAUCAUGUCAGGUUCAUUAGCCAGCACCAACAGAAUCCAAACAGUCCUGUGGAGCAGAAGAGCUAUCUUCAGAAAGAUUAUAAUCAUUACACUGCAAACCAACAGAUGGCUGGUUCACAUGGAGAGCAACAAAAGAAUUGUUCAGAGGACUCGGAACAAGCUAGUGGCAUUAAGCAGUUCCCCACAACGAUCCCAAAUUCUCUGAGUUAUUCACAUAAACAUUACUUGGAUGGUGGUGGUCAGGAACAUGGACAACAAGCUUUAAUUAAUCUUGGUACAUUCCAGCAGCCCAAAUGCUACCCAGCUUUCAAAAACCCUACAGAACUAUCACAUCCUAGAUUAAUUGAUAACGGGCACCCUGAUGAUACUAAAGAUUUACAAGGUCAGAACAAAUGUGCCAUAAAAUACGUUUCACCGCCAAGCAGCGCUACCCCGAGUGAUUCAGAAAUGCUGAUAAAGACAAGCAGACCAACGGAAAGAGAGGAGAGAGGUGGUGCCUCUCAGGCCAGUGGUAGGAUGCAGAAGCUGACUAGCUCUGCUGGUGCAGGCUCUACCUUUGAAGCUGCCUCUUGCAAGAAAGCAAAUAGUGUUACAAAAGGAAAAUGUGUGAAAUAUGGGGAAGACCGAUUCCAGGUUGAAAUAGGGUAUAAUGCUGAUCUCAUUGCCGUGUUUAAGAAGAUACCAAGCAAAAGCUAUGAUCCUGCUACAAAAAAAUGGGAUUUCAGCCUGGAAGAUUACAGCAGUUUCAUGGAAGCAGCAAAUCAACUUUCGUCAGUAAUUCUGGCACCACUGGAAGGAGAAAAUGCAGUUGGCUUGGCAUUAGGCUCUCAUUUCGUUGGCAGUAGGGUUAAUUUGAAAUCCCUCUUGAAGAUGUGUAAGAACUGGAAGAAACCCUCAGCCCUUGUCAAAGGGAAGUGUGUGCUGAUCUCUCGCUUGCGGUUUGAGGUUGAUAUUGGAUAUUCUGCGGAAGUGAUUGGAGUGUUCAAACAGAUGGAUUCCAGAAAUUAUGAUAUGAACACCAGAAAGUGGAAUUUCCUGCUGCAGGACUAUCCCAAACUAAUGGAAGUGUUACAGAGCCUUGUGUCAGUAGAAGUGGAGCCACUGCCUGAGGCAGUAAUACAAACCUUUGCUGCUCAAAUACAGAGAUCUACGUCACAGACAGACAUUCCUGAUGCUGACCUUUCAGUAGUGGACUCCAAAAUUGUGACGAGCCUCAUGCCCUUUCAGCGGGAAGGUGUGAAUUUUGGAAUUUUAAGAAAUGGACGUUUACUUCUUGCGGAUGACAUGGGCUUGGGCAAGACCAUCCAGGCGAUCUGCAUUGCUGCAUAUUACCGAAAGGAGUGGCCCUUGCUGGUGGUGACUCCUUCUUCUGUGAGGUUCACAUGGGCAGAGGCAUUUCACAGGUGGCUUCCAUCCUUAAGUCCAGGUAGCACCAAUGUCAUAGUGACUGGCAAAGACAAUCUAACAGCAAGCUUGAUCAACAUCAUUAGCUUUGACCUCCUCAGCAAGAUGGACAAGCAACUUAAGAGCACUUUCCAAGUAGUUAUUAUUGAUGAAUCUCAUUUCCUAAAGAACAUAAAAACUGCACGAUGCCGAGCUGCCAUGCCUCUACUCAAGGCUGCCAGGAGAGUGAUCUUGCUUUCAGGAACCCCUGCCAUGUCACGACCCGCAGAGCUCUACACGCAGAUUGCGGCUGUCCAGCCAGCCUUCUUCCCGCUGUUCCACUCCUUUGGGCUACGCUACUGUGAUGCCAGGAAGGUGCCGUGGGGUUGGGACUACUCUGGAUCAUCCAACUUAACUGAACUGAAAAUUUUGCUGGAAGAGUCCAUCAUGAUCCGACGUCUGAAAUCAGAUGUGCUUUCCCAGCUUCCAGCAAAGCAACGCAAAAUGGUUGUGGUGGCUCCUGAAGGCAUUAGUGCAAAGACCAAAGCUGUCUUGGCAGCUGAAGCAAAGAUGAUGGCCAAAGGAUAUGAAAGUAAACAACAGGAGAAGGAAGCACUUCUCCUCUUCUACAACAGAACGGCAGAAGCUAAAAUCCAUUCAGUUGUAGAAUACAUCCUGGAGUUACUGGAAAGUGGGAAUGAUAAAUUCCUGGUGUUUGCUCAUCACAAGAUAGUGCUGGAUGCAAUAGUUGCAGAGCUGGAGAAGAAACAUGUAGAAUACAUUCGCAUUGAUGGCUCCACACCUUCAGCAGAGCGGCAGUCUCUGUGCCAGAAGUUCCAGUUCUCAAAGAAGCAGGUUGUGGCCGUCCUGUCCCUCACUGCUGCAAACAUGGGCCUGACGUUGUCUGCUGCAGAUCUGGUGGUGUUUGCGGAGCUCUUCUGGAAUCCGGGUGUUUUGAUCCAAGCAGAAGAUCGGGCACAUAGAAUUGGACAGACCAGCUCCGUUAAUGUUCACUACCUGGUGGCUAAAGGCACAGCGGAUGACUACUUAUGGCCAAUGAUUCAAGAGAAAAUCAAAGUGCUGGGGGAAGCUGGUCUUUCAGAAACCAAUUUCUCUGAAACCGCUGAAUCCACUAAUUACUGCCCUAAGCCAGAUCCAAAGCAGAAGACCAUCUACGACCUUUUCCAGAGGACCUUCUCUGAAAGCAGAGAUGACGCUGACGAAGUUUUGCUUUUGGAGGCAGCUGAUGCUUGCUGUGAGUUUGACUCUGGCAGUGCCCUGCAAGAUACCGAAGGAGAGACAUGUUCAGUGAGUCCCCCAAAAAAGCGCCGUAUUGAGGAUUUUUUUUAAAGUGUAAUGAAGACAGCAAAAGAGGUGGUGGUUGAGAGAUUUUUUUAAAUUAAAAAAGAGAAAACAAAAACAAUCAAGUAUUAUUUUUUGAGUUUUCAAAAAUAAAAGAUGUUAAGUUUUCUGUAUCUCUAGUGCGUUUCAUCUCAAAGGAUUAGAAGGCAAUCUGACAGCGUGACAGAUGAGCAGUGCACCCUUGGCAGCCUGCAGGUUUUGCAGUCCUGGUUUUGCUGAUCACUGAGUGGCCAUGGGCAAGUAGCAUGCUGCUUUGUUUCAGCACAUCAGCUUCCACAGUUGUUUUGUUUAAAAAGCAGAUAAUAGUUGUCUGUCCACAAGGCAGAACUGUUCCAAAAACUAACUUCUCAGCAGCCGCAGAGUGCUUUUAACAGUCAGUCUUCCAUCUCCAAGAAUUUUAGUCUGUAUUUAUAGGAGUCAGUACACUGGCAAAAUUUGGCCCUUACUUGGGUCACUCACAAACAGGCUCUCUGGUAUUCAGUUUGGUAGUGAGGAGAAAAGAUCCAGACAGAUCUUGAUGUUUUGUGGAUGUGGUGGAGAGGAGGGAGAGCCCCAGAUUUUUGUCUGUGCAGAGCAGUCAGUACCUUGAAACUAAGAAGUGUAACCGUAUGCCAGGAAGUGUGUAUUGCCUGUUAGGCACAUAUCUGCCUGAGCACGCUGAUCUCUGGCCUCAUCUGCUAAGUCUUGAGGACCUGCUCCAUGGCAUGUGCUGCUUUUGUCAGUGGAGGGUGAAGCUUGUGCUGACUGCCAGGGAUUAAGCAUGGCUGCUUAGGAAGGGUGUGUGUGUGUGUGCGCGUUCAAGACUUGAGACUGAUUUCCACAGAUGAGUGAGGAGAGGGGGACAUGUGCAGACUUUUGCUCUUGUAAGAAACUGAUUCUGGACUGAGCUGUUUAAAUAAAAAGUUGUUUUAAAUUGUGCUUCCUAAGCUUUUGGUACUUUUUCUAUUUUAGAAUUUCAUCUCUCAUUUGGACCUUAAGUUUGAGAAAUAUGUGAUGCAGUGGAAAUAUUAGUGGUUUUUAAAUAUAUUUACAAUGGCUGAAAUACAGGUCUUUUGGGGGAUACUUCCUUUUGUGCUUUUUAAAACUCAUCAACUUUCAGGAGGGAAACUCCCAUGACACUGUGCUUAUAGAUGAAUCAACAGCUAAUUCCAUAAGACAUUUAGGCUGGUACCCUGGGAUGUGUUAUUUGCUCCCAUUACAGCUCUGUGCAGGUUACACUGAGAAUGCCAAAAGCAGCAUUCUUGCUUGUCGCAAUGAUUAAAAUGCCUGGUUUUGAUUUGUGAUCAUAUCUGUCAUACUCUCAGCCCUGUGAACUAGGAGACCUGAGCUUCCAGCCUGGGUACUGCCUGAGCAAACCCACUCUUUGGUUCCUUUCAGGAGCUUGUGACAGAGUUGCUGUCCCUUGGGCGUGGCCUGAUUCCACUUCCAAAAACUCCAUAGAGGCCACUUUUGAUGUGGGCUUGAUGUAAAGGCAAAUGGUUCUGUUCAUCACAACUGGUCUUUUCAGGCAUCUUGGCAAGGUUGUCUUUAAUUUUUUUUUCUGUAUUUUUGCCAGUGCAGUGUAAUGUGAUCCCAAAUUAAUGUCUUUUAUGCUUCUGGUCUUAGUACUAGAAGAUACUUGGAAAUGGGCUAGUGUUAAGCAAAUGUGACCAGGGAGCGCAGGAAAAGAUGUAAUUUCAUGGAGGUACCAGUUAGCUAUGUUUUACAGCCAUCAUCUGUAGAGAAGGGUUGGGGAAAAGCAAACCGAAGGCUUACAUUUAGCUUCUGGAGGCCAGGAGCUAAUGUGCUGUGCAUAUUAUCUGCUGGUGCAGGUACCAGACACUGACAAAAAGACCUCUCUUACACAGUCGAGGAGGAAAAAGUUUGUGUUACAAGAUCAACCUGAUAAUAACUGGGAUAUCUUUUCCUGCAUUGAAGGGUUUGAUUAUCCAAUUUUCAGCAAGUGUCAUCAUAGAAAUGCGCUAGAGGCUGUGUAUGCGGUUGUGCUGGGUGGAAGCACAUUUUCAUUCGUGACUGUGGAAGAUGCUUUGGUGUCUGUGUGCAAGUGGAGAGGAGUACGACCAAGGAUCGUGGACUGCCCAACUGGAGGAAAUGCUUUAUCUCUGGAUUUGAGACCGAGAGCUAAACAUCAUUUCUCUUGCUCCAACAUCUGGCCAAGAGAUAAAUACACACUUUUUGACAUUUUUAAAUGUCUGUCUUCUUGAAUACAGAGUAUUUCAUCUGUUUCUAGGACAUGUGAUCUUUCUACUUGCAGAGAGGGUUGUUCCGAGUAAGGGGUGAGAAAUGUUGCUGUCUGCCUGCUGAAAAAAAUAGGGAAGACAUUAUUUGUAUAUCCAUAUUGUCAUCAUCUAUAGGAGUAAUUCUCUUCCUCUUUGUAAAGCUACAGCUACUUCAAAGCUAUUUUUCUGAAAUCUGCUGAAAGUACCCUUGGAGAAUUCUGCUUCUCAUAAACUCAGUUUAUCUUACUAUACGUCGAUGAAUCCCAGCCCUGUUAGAGGAAUGCUAGGUGUACUCUUUCUUUGUUAGGACCCAUAAAACCUUAGCUGGUUUGCUGCAGAGUUACAAAGGCUCUUGAAGUACACUUGAGGUUCACUUCAUCUUUACUUAGAUGAAAAAGGGGAGAAGAAUCUUGCAGGAGAGUGCUUUUAGUCAUUGCAUCAAGGGAUUGGAAAGACUGUGCAGGCCUUAGCCCAAUUACACCAUUAGUCUGUCAUUGAUGUGAUGAGGAGAUGGCUGGGAAGCUGCCAGCAGGCUCAGAGAGGAUCUCCAAGGCUUGCUGAUGAAAAUUUGUACAAGGUGGUGUGCGGGUUGCUAAUGAGACCCACAGGCAGGCCCAGGAACAUGCUCUUGGGGACUCUUACACCUGCCCGUUGAAGAUGGCAUAGCUGUAACUUUUUGGCAUUAUCUAAAUCCCAGUAAAGGGAAGGACCCAUCUUACUGGAUCUUGGAGCAUCUUCCUGUGACUGGACGCCUGCUUGUACACCUGCGUCUGUACUCUCAACUGUGCUAGAGAAAGGCAUGUUUUCAGGAAGGAUGCCAAACCAGGAACAACAGCUAAAAAUACCCGAACAAUAAAACGGAGCAGUUCAAACUACAUCUGCAGCACAUGAAGCUGGCCAGCCUGGGGCCUGCAGAAGAGUUCAAGGUGGUGGACUCUUGAGGCAAAGCUUUUGGAGCUGGACUGGCCUGUCUGCAUCCAUCCAUCUUCUUGGUCACUUGGAAGUGUAUGUUUAUUUUGGCAGUCUGGGAAUGGCAGUCAUCUGAGGGGGUUGGGUUUGGUUGCUGGGAGAGCUGUCUGUAAUACUGGUAGAUGAGGGGUAUGACCGCAUGCUGUAGUGUCACAGUGAACUUUGACUCUGUUGAUACAGACUGGAGAAUAGCAGUAGAUCCUCUGUCCUGGAUGUGUUGGCUGAAAAUUUUAUAUUUUUAACCAAAUAGUCACAAAGCAGCCAAAGGAACUUUUUAUUUUCUUUUUUUCUUUUAAUAUAUUGGUAUCAAAGAUGUGUCCUAUGAGUCAUCAUUAUAAUGAGGAUCUGAAAAGGGCAAAUAUAUUCCUAGGAUAUAUCAAAUGAUUUUGACUCAACAGAGGGGAGGUAUAAAUACCAUUGCCUGAAGCCCUGCUGAGCCCUGUCCCACUGGCUCCUGGGAGGACUUGCUGGGACGUGAGGAGAGCUUGCAGGGAUUAUUGGGGAACAGGGAGCCUGGCACGACAGAGGGAAUUAAAAAUGUGAGCAUUCAAAGCAAGAGCCAGGAGGGGAGACAGCGUCUAUCCAUGAGUAUCUCUGAAAGUAUGGGCCCCAGCCAGGGAAAGGCCAAUGCAGUGGCAGGGUAUGCUCUAGUUAAUUUGCUGUUAAUUGUGUAGACUGCAAAUGAGGAGGAUUGUCAUGGGUCGAGGCAGCUGGGGUGGGUAUGGAGCUGUCAGGGCAGGAAAAGCACCUGCUUUUCUCUGGGUGGGCUGGGCAGCCCCGUCUCCCUCCAGGGGGGAGGGGAUGAGCUGCAGCCAGCUCUGCCUGUUAGAGGUUAACGGGUGGUUAAUCCCGUUACUAGCACUGCAGCUCAGCUGCAUCGGUACGUGUUUCACUCGCCUGUGCGGGGUCCGAACAGUGCAGGAGCCCUCCUGUGUCCCAGCCCUGUGCUUUGGGGCUGGUGGUGGAGGCAGUUUGGGUGUCCGGGGGCAACGUGCCGGUGCCGCAGUCCACCUCUGUGGCGGCACCGGAGCUUUACGGCUGGUUGUCUCAGCACUGGAUGACCCCAAGGAAAUCGGGUAGAUGCUGUGGUUGCACCUGACUGGGUUAUCUUGAAACCUCUGGGUUCAGGGCUGGUAUGCUGUAAGAGCAGAAUUCAUCCUCGUUGAUUUACAUACAGAGAUAGUAUUUUUUUUUUUUUACCCCUUCUGCAGCUCCAGUCUGGUUUGCUCUUCCUUUUUUUUUUUUUUUUUUUUAAAUUCUGACAUCUGCCUCCCAGUUAUUCUCUUUAAAAGCGAGGUGAGUGAGCGUAAGGGCUCCAUCGCCCUUCCCGGCCUGACCUCCUUGGGCGGCGCUCCGGGAACCCGGCCUCGCCGGCCGCAGCUGCCGGCGCUGAUGUACCGCUUGGGUUUCACACUGAUAUACUCUGUUUUCUGAGCGACGCAUCUUCCAACAUCAGGCUGCAGCUGCGUUCCGGUUUGUGUGCUUUAGGCUUCAGAUAACCCUGUUGUCAUGGGGUAAAUGUACAGAAUAUACAGCGCGACCAUCGAGCUACGCACCAUCGCGGUGCAGACGGACCCACUCAGAGUCCCUUCCGCUCCAGGCUCUGUCGCCUCUCUCGUCACUUCCGGCGGCGACGGUUCAUACUGCGCCUGCGCAAGCGGGAUUUCCUUUCUCCGCGUCGGCGCCGGGCAGGAAGAUGGUGAGUGGGGCUGAGGCGCCGCGUCCCAUCCGCCGCCAUCCCCUCCGGGCCCGCCGCGCUGAGGCUGCGGGCUAAGCGCACCAAGAAAGUUGGGAUUGUGGGUAAAUAUGGUACCCGUUAUGGUGCAUCCCUUAGGAAAAUGGUGAAGAAAAUUGAAAUUAGCCAGCACGCCAAGUAUACCUGCUCCUUCUGUGGCAAG